AUCGACUUCAGUCAGGCUAUGUUCAGCUCUCAAGCCAAACCAGGCAGGAUUCUCCAGACCCCCCAGUACAGAGCAGCAGAAAUAAUGUUGGGACUCCCUUUCUGUGAAGCCGUUGAUAUCUGGGCGCUGGGCUGUGUGAUGGGGAUCAUGAUGUUUGGCUUUGAGCUCUUCCCAACAACAACAGACUACGAUGCACUCCUCUUCAUCAUCGACCUCCUGGGUCCGCCGCCGCAGCACCUCAUGAAGGCUGCACAGAAAUCUAAAGUGUGUUUUAAGAAGAAGACAGACUGUGGUCAGUGGAGGCUCAAGACACCUGAGGAGUAUUGGGGUCCCGAUCUUUCAUCACAUGACGACAGGAAGUACACGUUCCGCUCUCUGGACGAAGGGAAAUGGUCGGUGUGUGAGCUGGGCCGCAAAAAGUGCCUUAAAUGA